CAACAUACGCGUUUUCAAAACUCAACCGGCUUCUUUAUGUUUCAGUCUAAAUUAGCUUGCCAGCACGCUAACCUGGCUUCAUUUUUUAAUACAAUUCUCAGAUUACGGUUCAAGUUUUAGGUUUUUUCACACUUCUGUUAAGUUUCGGGAAUUUCAUUUCUCGUUUUCUCUCCUGUUCGACUCAGUUUCGGCAACUCAACGCGCGGGAAAGUCUUAGUUGUGAUCGUUUUCGAUCGAUGGAAUGGAAUUGGAAGCUUGGUGGAUUACAAGUUUUGUUUAUUAUUUUGGUUUCUCGUAGUUUGUGUUUGUGUUGGUCGUUGAAUGAUGAAGGUUUGGCUUUGUUGAGAUUAAGAGAAAGAGUUGUGAGUGAUCCGUUUGAUGCUUUAAAGAAUUGGAAGAGUAGUGAUACAGAGAAUGAUCCGUGUUCGUGGUUCGGCGUUGGGUGCUAUGAAGGCAAAGUUGUCAUUCUGAACUUGAAAGAUCUUUGCCUGGAAGGAUCUCUGGCGCCCGAGCUCAGAAGAUUGACUCACAUAAAGUCUAUUAUUUUGCGCAACAACUCUUUCAGUGGAAUUAUUCCUGAAGGAUUUGGAGAGCUGAAGGAACUGGAGGUGUUGGAUUUGGGCUACAAUAACUUUAGUGGACCGCUUCCAUCUGAUCUUGGCAUUAAUGAGUCACUGACAAUCCUUUGCAGUUUACUGGACAACAAUGAAAUUCUUGGUGGCCUAUCUCCUGAAAUAUAUGAACUUCAAAUGAUAUCUGAAUCCCAAGUAGAUGAAGCACUUCUGUCUAGCGCUGCUAAAAAGGGAUUGUCUUGCGGCAAAAGAUUCAUAACUUGGAAUGAUGUCCAAAAUGAAGUUGUUGUUCGAAGGAGACUGCUGCAAGAGUCACCUAUGGUCAAUUUGAGUGGUACUGCCGGUGAAUCUACGCCCUCUCCUGCACAAUCUCCAUCAGACACUUCUCCUCCACGUGCUUCUGUUGCCCCCCCAGAUAGUGACACUAGCAAUUUUCCUGCUCCAACUCCUCCUCUAGACCCACCUCCUUCACCGAUUCUGAACCCCUCAAAAUCAGAAAGGAGUUCUUCAAAGUCAGCAAUACUGGGUGGAACUAUUGGGGGCGCUGUAUUGCUUCUCAUUUUAAUCAUAGUCAUAUAUCUCUAUAGAUGCAACAAGGUAUCUACUGUCAGACCUUGGGCCACAGGAUUGAGCGGACAGCUUCAGAAAGCAUUUGUAACUGGUACCUAUUCUUUCUCAGGUGUUCCUAAGCUUAAGAGAUCUGAGCUUGAAGCAGCUUGUGAAGAUUUCAGUAAUGUAAUUGGUUCUUCACCGAUCGGUAUGGUGUACAAAGGAACAUUGUCCAGUGGAGUUGAAAUAUCUGUUGCCUCUGUUGAAGUAGCAUCAGCCAAGGAUUGGUCGAAGAAUUUAGAAAUGCAGUUUAGGAAGAAGAUUGACACUUUAUCAAAAGUGAACCACAAGAAUUUUGUCAACCUUAUUGGGUAUUGCGAGGAAGAGGAGACUUUCACUAGAAUGAUGGUGUUUGAAUACGCUCCUAACGGAACUCUUUUUGAACAUUUACAUGUUAGAGAGUCAGAACACUUAAACUGGGGAAUGCGUAUGCGCAUUGCAAUGGGCAUGGCUCACUGCCUAGAGUAUAUGCACCAGCUGAACCUGCCCAUAGCUCACAACAACUUGAACUCUCCGGCUGUCCACCUCACCGAGGACUAUGCAGCCAAAUUGUCAGACUUAAGCUUCCGGAAUGAGAUAUCUGCUUCUGAAAUGAAAACAGCCGGCACAGAGCUUUCAGAUACACCAUCAGCAAGCCUAGAAAGUAAUGUGUACAGCUUUGGUGUAUUAUUAUUUGAAAUGAUGACAGGAAGAAUGCCAUACACGGUGAACGAUGGUUGUCUUGAAGACUGGGCUUCAGAUUAUUUGAGAGGGAAUCAACCCCUUAAAAGAUUUGUCGAUCCAACUCUACGCACUUUUGAUGUGGAGCAGCUGGAGAAAUUCGGUGACUUGAUAAAAGCUUGUGUCCUUCCCAACCUACAACUGAGACCAUCAAUGAGAGAUGUCACUGCAAGACUCAGAGAGAUUACUGGAAUAACACAAGAUGGAGCAAUCCCCAAGCUUUCUCCUCUUUGGUGGGCGGAGCUUGAGAUUUUGUCCGCAGAUGCAGUCUAGAACAUGAAAUUUAGAUUGUAAGUAUUACAGCUUCAAAUUUUAUCAUCCUCUUUGUUGUUUAGGCUCAGAAGUAUUUGCCUUUGGGUCGAUAGUGCUUGUAUCUAUUGUAGGCCAAUAUAAUGCGAGUUGUACAUAUCCAAAAUCGGGGGGAAAUCUGGUAAAUCUUCCUUGUUUUGGCUCUUCUCUCUUUUAGAAUUAUCUGUGAAAAUGCACAAGAAAAUUACAUUGCACAUUUUUCAAUUUAUGUUUUCAAAUGUUGAAAUGAUCAACCAAUUUCGUGGCUA